GUUCUUCAGCCGGGGCUCAUCUCAAGGUCAUCGCACCGAGACCUCAAUACUCGUGCUGAUCCACUCCAUGGAAGUCAGCAGCGCCUUCGAACCGAGAUAACGUCCGGCUAGGAAGCCCAGCUUCGGCCAUGCUUUCGUCUCAGUCCAGUAAUCCAGGGUCUAGUUCCAGAGUGACUCCUGCGCCUACAGUUCUGACGCCGCAGUCUAGUAGCGAAGACUCGCCAAUCGCCGUAGCGAGAGCCUCACGUGAGAUCGACAGCGACGCUGUGGAGCUGCGAAAACUGCACCACCAUGCCUCAGCUCUUGAACGAAGUGAUGAUAACGAGAGCGAGAGUGAAGAGGAGAACAAGCCGAUCAGGCGUCUCAAGCGAGUCGCGACACAAUCCAAGGAAUACACAGAUGAAGAAGAGGAUGCCGUUGUCCGCAAACUGGACAGGAAACUCGUCAUCUUCCUGGGCUUUCUAUACAUGCUGAGUUUCCUGGACCGGUCUAAUAUCGGUAAUGCUCGCAUCGCUGGCCUGGAGAAGGACCUCGCUCUGUCUUCUUCGCAAUUUGACUGGCUACUCACCGCAUUUUACAUCACUUAUAUCGGGUUCGAGUGGAUGAUUCUGCUAUAUCGGCUCGUCCCGGCACAUGUUUACAUCGCACUCUGCGUGAUGUCCUGGGGUGUUGUCGCAAGUCUACAAAGCUUGACGACUUCGUUCAGCCAGCUCUUGAUCCUGCGCGGCUUCCUGGGGAUUACUGAAGCAGCAUUUGGUCCUGGGGUGCCUUUCUUCAUGACCUAUUUCUACAAAAGGUCUGAACUGGCGUAUAGAGUCGGACUCCAAAUCUCAGCUGCGCCACUAGCGACGAGUUUUGCAAGUUCUCUGGCUUGGGUGAUCGUGAAGAUAAGUCAGAAUGGUCCCAUCGCGCCUUGGAGGGCGCUGUUCUUGGUCGAAGGGUUCCCCUCAGUGCUAGCCGCUGUUGCGGCCUGGUACUAUAUCCCAGACUCGCCAGCGAAGGCUCGCUACUUGACAGCGAGGGAGCGGAAAGUCGCCGUUCUCAGGCUCCAGUCCGAGCAGCACCACUCACAUUCGCACGGGUCCGCGUCUGGCACCACCUUGGCACGGCGCCUAGAUCUCAAGGACGUCCUCUCUACUAUUCUCGACCCCAAAUCCUAUCUCACGGCUCUAAUGUUCCUCAGCGUCAAUGUGUCGUUCAGCUCUCUACCCGUCUUCCUCCCGACAAUCAUAAACAGCAUGUCCUUCUCACCAUUAGCGUCUCAAGCACUAGCAGCUCCUCCCUAUCUCUUCGCCUUCUUCUUCGUCCUACUGAUAGGACGGUAUAGCGACAGAAUGCCCGAUUCAAGGUCUCUCUUCCUUAUAGGCGUUUCGUUACUCAGCGCUUUUUCGUACGCUGGCAUCUCCAUUGCCGGAUAUCUUCAUGAGUCCCUGGGUGAGGCUGGCAGUAUAACGAUACGCUACGUCGGUGUAUAUGGUGCAGCCAUGGGGUUAUUCUCCUCGGUCACAUUGAUCAUUACUUGGACGUUGAAUAAUCAGGCUACAGCGACAGGCAAGGGGACUGGGCUUACCCUCUUGAACAUCGUGGGUCAGUGCGGUCCGCUUAUUGGCGUACAUGUGUUUCCUAAAGAUCAGGGUCCAUUAUACGUACAGGGCAUGGCCAUCUGCGCUGGAUUUAUGGCAUUCGGCGUUGCUGGACUGGCCGGAAUAUUGAGAUUGGUGCUCAAUCAUGCCAACAAGCGGCAUGGUCUGUCAAAGCCCGCACAGAGUGGGGAGUAUGAAUUAGUAGGGAGGGCUGGAGGCAAGAUUGAAGUGGACGAUGAGCUGGGAGACGUUGAGGAGACCCUCAUUGGAGGCUCCAGAAAGGUCAACAGCGAAAAUGGCGGAUUUCGAUAUAUGCUCUGACGUGAUAGUUCUGAAAUAUAUAUGUCACAUGCCUGAGAAUUUGGGACACAAAC